CGGACACUGGUUUUUAAUCUUUCUCUUCUGUGAACUGUGGUCCGUCUACAAUCACAGCAUGACAACCUACACAGAUAAAGGAGAAAAGCCUGAGAGAGGAAAGUUUGUCAAGUUUCAUCAUGUCACCUUCUGGGUUGGCAAUGCUAAGCAGGCAGCUUCCUUCUACUGUGAUAAAAUGGGCUUCGAGCCUCUGGCCUAUAAAGGUCUUGAGACAGGCAGCAGAGAGGUGGUGUCUCAUGUCAUCAGACAGGAUAAGAUAAUAUUUGUGUUUCAAUCUCCGCUUAAUCCUGGAAAUGAAGAGAUGGGAGAACACCUGAUGAAGCAUGGAGAUGCAGUCAAAGAUAUCGCCUUCCAGGUGGAGGACUGUGACUUCCUAACCAAGAAAGCGAGGGAGCGAGGGGCCAUGGUGGUGAAGGAGCCGUGGGUGGAGCAGGACAGCCACGGGAGGGUCAAGUACGCUGUGAUUCAGACGUAUGGUGAUACAACACAUACACUCAUAGAGUACCUCAGUCCAUACAAAGGCCUGUUCCUGCCCGGAUACAAAGAGCCACUGUUCAGAGACCCUCUGUUAGCCAAACUUCCUGCAGCAGGUUUGAACUUCAUCGAUCACAUAGUGGGAAACCAGCCAGAUGAUGAAAUGGUGCCAGUUUCAGACUGGUAUCAGAAGUGUUUGAUGUUCCAUCGGUUCUGGUCAAUAGACGACAAACAGAUCCACACACAGUACAGCGCACUGAGGUCCAUAGUGGUGACCAACUAUGAGGAGACCAUCAAGAUGCCCAUUAAUGAACCUGCAACAGGGAAGAAGAAGUCACAGAUACAGGAAUAUGUGGACUAUAAUGGAGGACCAGGUGUUCAGCACAUCGCCCUCAACACGUCAAACAUCAUUCAAGCUAUCGUGAACCUACGAGCCAGAGGGAUGGAGUUCCUCUCAGCACCUGACACAUACUACACCAGCCUGCGGGAGAAACUCAAAACCGCCAAGAUCAAGGUGAAGGAGGACCUUGACCGAUUACAGGAGCUGAAAAUCUUAGUUGAUUUUGAUGAUAAGGGCUACCUCCUACAAAUCUUUACUAAACCUGUGCAGGACAGACCCACGCUUUUCUUGGAGGUCAUUCAGCGGAAUAACCACUUUGGCUUUGGAGCAGGAAACUUCAAGUCUCUCUUUGAGGCCAUUGAGAAGGACCAAGAUGCCAGAGGCAACCUCACUGUGAUGACACCCGAGGGACAGGCCAAAGCUUUUUACUGAUCCAUUAGUCCUGCUGUUAAACCACACUUAGAUUAUAUAUUUUAUAUAUACAUACUAUACAUGUCAGAGUCAAAAGAGCACUUUCUUUCACAACUGAGAUAAAUCAAACACAUUCAGUGCUGAAUAGUGUAAUGUGGAAAUGCUUUAGAGAUGCUGUUUUCUUGUGUGGCUAUGAGGAAAAAUAAAGACACUGCUGCUUCA